AGGUCUAAUGAGAGCACAUUGGCAUUUGUCACUGCAGGGCUGCAUGUGGCUGCCCAAGGUUACCAAGCUGGUGCAGAGCAAAUCAGGCAACUUAUAUUUAGCCUUGCAAAUGGCGCGCUGUGGAUUAUGUCUUGGUGCUCUCCGGUUUCGUCUUCAGUGCGUUUUGUUGCAUGAAGGGGGGCUGUGGAUCAUGAAGAGGCUUCCACUCAGUCACUCUUCUCCUGGAGGUGGAGGGCUAUUCGGAGAGUCCCCAAGACACGGGAGACGACACGCUUGAGUUGGACUGACAGUUGUGCGGAGGGUGAGCAGGGGGUUGCUUUCCAUACCAGCAGAGGACGACCAGAGUCACUGGACAUAUCACAGAUUAUUUCACCAGGGUACUGAGGUUUGGGAUCAAACAACAACAUGGAUGUACUCGCCUUAGAGGCAAAGAGUGUCAAUGGAUCAGAUGCUGAGAAGAAGUCUGCACCAAGGCCAAAGCCAAAACCUCCCAAAAAGGCCAAAAGGAUUGUUUAUUUUGAGGUGGAGAUUGUGGACUUAAAGACUAAAGAGAAACUGCUGCUAUUGGACAAGGUGGAGCCGACUGCCACUGUGUUGGAUAUUAAAGCUUUAUUUCAAAAAUCAUAUCCAAAGUGGUAUCCAGCCAGACAAUCCCUGCGUUUGGAUCCAAAGGCCAAGUGUCUCAGGGAUGAGGAAGUACUGCAGACGCUUCCUGUGGGAACCACAGCCCAUUUUUACUUCAGUGACCUAGGACCCCAGCUCACAUGGGGAACCGUGUUCCUGUCAGAGUGUGUUGGCCCACUGAUCAUCUACUUAAUGUUCUACUUCCGCCUUCCCUUCAUUUACUCUCCAAAAUAUGACUUCACCAGCAGCAAGCACUGGGUUGUACACUUGGCGUGUAUGUGUCACUCCUUCCAUUACAUCAAGAGGGUCCUGGAAACACUUUUUGUUCAUCGUAUCUCCCAUGGGACCAUGCCUCUCAGAAACAUAUUUAAGAACUGUGGCUAUUACUGGGCCACUGCAGCAUGGAUGGCGUACUACAUCAACCACCCUCUCUACACUACAGCCUAUUACGGGCAGCAGCAGGUGAAUACAGGGCUGUACAUUUUCUUGUUCUGUCAAGUAGGGAAUUUCUCCAUACAUGUGGCUCUUCGUAACCUCAAACUACCAGGUUCAAAAUCCAAGAGGAUUCCCUACCCAACUAAGAAUCCCUUCACUUGGAUUUUUUGGCUUGUCUCUUGUCCAAACUACACGUAUGAGCUGGGCUCCUGGAUUGGCUUCACAGUGAUGACCCAGUGUGUGCCUGUGGCUUUCUUCACUCUCGUGGCCUUCAUCCAGAUGACUGUGUGGGCCAAAGGCAAACACCGCAGCUACUUGAAGGAGUUCAGAGAUUAUCCCACCCUGCGCUCCUCCAUCCUCCCCUUCAUCCUGUAGAGCCUGGCACAGUCAAAACAACAGUUGUUACACAUAUUCAGCCCUAUUGCUGAUCGAGUCCUUUUUUUCAGGGCCCCUCCAUUGUUCUGGAUGUCAGAAAAGUGUGCGCUAAGGUUAACUUGCACGGAUGGAUUUUGGUCAUAUGAUCUCCCUGUAACAUUUUCUUCAUGUCACUCCAUAACAAGUGGCGGCAGUUACUCUGAGAGUCUGAUGAAUGCACGUCUGUUACAGGCGAUGAAGCCUUCAGAGGUGAAUGCAACAAAGUCUUAAUUUUAUGUUGUGUGUAAUUUUAAAGCGACAAGAGGAGAGAAAGUAAACUUGGUACUUUUGUUAACAGGUUUGAUGAAGAGUGUUGUUUAGUUUUUGAAAUAUAUCAUUAUUUUCAAUGUUGGCACACUACUCCUAAUGGUUCACACUGAGGCUAAACUGCAUUGUUGAACUAGUGUGCAGCCUGGAGGUGACAACUUUUGGCCUCUGGGUCACAAAUUAUAUGCAGAUUCCUACAUAGGUUAACUGUAUUUGUGAUACGGGUUUAGGAAUGAUACAUUUGAGAACAACAUUGCAGACAGCAUGCCCAGACUUUAAAAAAAACCUCAACUAAACAAAAAAAAAUCACAAGGCAAUGACAAAGUUUGAGAAAUUGUUUCAGUCAUGAAUACACCAUCAGUGUAUUGUGUAUCUAGUAUUCAUUUUUUUUUUUUUUUUUUUGCAUUUUGAGCAUUGAGGAUUUGUUUCCCACUUAUUGUUUUUGUACUUAUCUUAAGAGUCGUGCAGACAGAAACUGAUGGUGCUUCCAAAAUUGGAUAAGGAGUUAUUCUCCGAGCUCUGCAUAGACUAACCCUCUGGUUUAAAUGCGGAACUUUGAUUCCAUUUUGUUUAUUUUGGAUACUUCAACAUUUUGAAUGCCUUAAAUAAUUUCACAGUCAUAGUUUAUCAGGAGUGACACAACUGUAGGGCAGGAUUUCUAUCUCAAGUGGACAGUUUGGUUGUUGUUUUUUCUACAGUAUUUAAAUGUGACUCAUCUUGGGCCAUCACUUUGUCGUACUUUAACACCCUCUCGAGGUGACACUGACCCACUGAAACAACUGUUUGGAUGCACAUUGUUAGUCACUCUAACUGUGACUUAAAUAAACAAGUGAGUGAACAGGGA